GACUUUAGAGCCCUUAAAUCUCGUUCCACCCCUUGCCAUGGGCAGGGACACCUUUCACUGUCCCAGGCUGCUCCAAGCCCCGUCCAGCCUGACCUUGGCCACUUCCAGGGAUCCACGGGCAGCUUUUCCGGGCAGCCUGUUCCAGCAGAGUGUCUGCCCUGCCAGCUGGAAGUCAGGAUGGAUAACCCCAGAGCCAAGGAGAGUUUGAUACGGAGAGUGCCACUGUCCCCGCCGGGGAUCCCGGGGACACCGGGACACCCUCUGCCCGUGCCCCCAUCCCGUCCGGCAUCUCCUGCAGCUGCGGAUGGAUGGGCACGGCGAGACGAGCUGCGGGGACAAGGGCGAGGGGCUGUGCCUGCUCCGCGCGUGGGAACGCGGCUCCGCCGGGAGGAUUCGGGGACGCUGAGCCCUUCUGCAGCUUCCCCCGGCGGCAGCCGGCUGCGUUUCAUCGGGAGAGGCGCUCGUGGAAUUGCUAAUGCUCCAGCCCGGAGGUGCAGCAUGCGGAGGGGCUGCGGCUGCAGCAUCAGGGUGAAGCGACUCCUCAGCCCUUGUCAGAAGAUGCUUAAGUGACAGCCCAGUUGGACUCCACCAUGGAGAAGACAGAAGCAGAUGGCCAGCCACCCAAACCCGACGGGGACAGGGAGCAGCCCCGCAGCCUCCCCUACUCCCUGGAGACACCCUACGGCUUCCACUUGGACCUCGACUUCCUGAAGUACGUGGACGACAUCGAGAAAGGCAACACCAUCCGGAGGGUCCACAUCCACCGCAGAGCCAAGCAGCCCAAAUUCAGCACCCUGCCCCGAAACUUCAGCCUGCCCGAGAACGGCUCCCGCGGCUGCUCCGCCGCCUCUCCCAGCAAGAGCUGGACCUCCACCUGCUCCUUCCCGCAGCGAAAGGCGUCCCUGGGGGAGGAGCCCCCCCGAGCCCCGCUGCUCUCCGAGGCGGCGGCCGAGGAGCCGAGCUACCGGAGGAAAGCGCUGCUGGCCGAGACGCGGCGGCAGGCGGAGCCGGGCUGGCCGCAGGAUGCGCCGCGGGCGCGGCCGCAGCUGCUGCGAGCCUCCAGCAUGCCCGAGGCGCUGCCCCCCGGCCGCAGCCCCCCGGCAGGACCCUCGCCCCUCCGGAGCCCUCCGCAGCGCUGCCCCGAGCAGGGAGGCUCCGAAGGCACCUCCCGCCCCAGCUCGGAGGGCUCGGCGUUAACCCCGCCGCGGGAGAUGAGCUCGGAGCGGGGCGGCUCCGCAGGGCACCCCGGAGGGGUUGUGGCCGGGCUGGGCCCCGGGCAGCCCCCCUGGCAGAACCAGCAGCUGCAGGUGGUGAUGGAGAGCGGGGCCGAGGAGGGUGAUGCCGGCGAUGCCGGCGGCCGGCCCGGUGUAGCCGGGGGUGAAGCAUCGCCACCGGCUGCGCUCCAGCUGGCAGAGGAGAACGGGAGCCCUGCGGAAAGGGGGCUGAGUGUGAGCGAGAUGGAUCUGAAUGUGCUGAAGGAAGGUGAGGAGAGGAAUGCCCAGGCUGGAGGCAAGAAGGAGAGAGGUGUUCCCCAGGCUCCUGACGCUGGAGAGCCCGGCGGGGUCACGGUGCUGAAGCAGCGGAUCGCUGACCUGGAGGAGCAGCUGGCCAAGAAGAAAGAGGAGCUCGAGCAGGUCAGGGCAGUGCUGGAGCAGCAGGAUCAUGAGAUCCAGGAGAAGGAGAAGAGCAUUAAGCUGCUGGCCAGCUCCAAAGCCCAGCUGGAGGAGCAGCUGCUCCAGGAGAAGUCCAAAGAGGCUGAGCUGCGCUGGCGGCAGGGCAGCGGGGCCGUGCAGCGCCUGGAUGCCGCGGUGAACACCGAGCUCUCACAGCUGACACGGGUCCGGCAGGCCCAGGACAAAGGCGUCAACGUCAACAUCCCGCUCCCCACCAGGUCCAUCGGCUGCGGCGGGCACGGGGCAGACAUCAGCGCGCAGGCCGUGGAGGUGGGCAGAGGGCAGGGACUGGCCGCAGCACAGGGACCUUCUGGUGAAGCCAGCACGGAGGCUGGGCUUCCUGCUCCAUGCUUCACCCCGCUGCAGAUCCACGAGCACCCCGGCGACGACAACCAGAACCACCAGAACCACCAGAAGCACCAGGAUUCCCAUGGCAGGAGCGCAGCCGCCAGCAAGGCAGGCUGUGGAGAAGAUGAACCUUGGGAAGGGCUGCAUGAGGAAGGUGCCCCUGGCCACGAGGACGUGCCGGCUGUGGACCCCAUCGGCCAAUAUGUGAAAAAGAUCCAGGAGCUCCUGCAGGAGCAGUGGCUGUGUUUGGAGCACGGGUACCCCGAGCUGGCCAGCGCUAUCAAGCAGCCGGCCUCCAAGCUCAGCUCCAUCCAGAACCAAUUAGUUAAUUCCCUCAACUCCCUGCUCUCUGCCUACUCCUCGCAGGGGCCCGUGGAUAAGGAGAAUUCCAACACACACUAUCAACAGUUGGAAAACUUUCCAACCACAAGUCUUAAAUCCAUCAUGAAAAAGAAAGGUUAUGGUUUCCAUGCAGGAGGCAAUGGGACCAAAAAGAAUCUCCAGUUUGUUGGGGUAAAUGGUGGCUACGAGACCACGUCAAGCGAAGACACGAGCUGCGACGACAGCGCGUCCGACGGCGACACCGAGACCGAGGCCGAGGGCAGAGCCGGGGACGUGGAGCCCGAGCAGGCUGCAAGGGACAGCAGAGAGCCUUCCUCGGGGGAGAAGCGCGAGGAUGAGGAUGGUGAUGGCGAGCAGGAGGCAUCAGCAGCCUGCUCUCAGCACCAGGCUCACAGAUGCAAACCCUCCGAAGAUUUCCUUGCUGCCUGCCAGCUCCUCAGUGAACACCUCCCAGAAAUCAGGAGCACAAGCAACAAGCAUCUGCAGCACGUCCUCGGCUCCAUCUCCCAGGAGUGGUUCCAGGUGUCCAGCCACAAGUCUUCCAGCCCGGAGGCGGUGGCAGCGUACCUGGAGGCGCUGGGGGACGUCCAGCCCCAGCUCCUGGAGACCGUGGUCAACCUGCCUGACAGGAAUGGCAACACCGCUCUCCACUACAGCGUGUCCCACUCCAACUUCCCGGUUGCAAAGCUCCUGCUGGACACGGGCGUGUGCUGCCUGGACCUGCAGAACCGUGCCGGCUACACGGCCGUGAUGCUCACGCCGCUGGCGGCGCCCGAAACCCGCCAGGACAUGGAGGUGGUGAUGAGGCUGCUGAAGGAGGGAAAUGUCAACCUGAGAGCUGCCCAGGGAGGCCAGACCGCCCUGAUGCUGGGGGUCAGCCACGACAGGGACGACAUGGUGCGAGCCCUGCUGUCCUGCCAGGCCGACGUCAACCUGCAGGACGAGGAGGGGACCACGGCCCUGAUGGUGGCCUGUCGCCAGGGCAACGCCGACAUCGUCAGGCUGCUCCUGGCCCAGCCUGGCUGCCAGGUCACCCUGACCGACAAGGGUGGGAACUCGGCGCUGUCGCUGGCACACGGGGACAUCGCCGCGCUCCUGCGAGCCCACAUCGAGCUCAGCCCGUCCCUCUCGGUGUGACUCGGCAGGGAGGAGCAGCCAGGACCAGGAGCUGGAGCUGGGAGAGAACAGCUCCUGCCUGAACCAGCCCCGCUGUGGCAGGGCCAGAACAGCGGGGUCACAGGGGAGGAACCUCCCCGCGCCACCUAAUAAUGUUCCUUGUGUCUAGUUCUCCUCAUUCACCCCACUCACAGCCCUAAUCUGCGCCACAAACGACUCCAGACUCUCCCACCCGCUCCUCCCGGGGUGGAUUUGGCAGGUGAGCAACCAAAACGAAUGAGAAAAAGCACAUUAAACAGCAACACUUAGUCUUUUGUAACCUGAGGUUAUGGGCGUCCUUUUAAUCGACUGCUUAGCUGUGUCUCAUUUAACUGGUAAGUUUGUGUCCUAAUAUUUAUUAUCAGCUCUUCUGUAAGUAGUGGCAGGCAGCGAUUACCCAGGGUAUGUAACAACAAGCACAAGCUGCACGGAUUGCGGAGAGCGUAAAAUCCCAUUGAUGUUGUAAGAAUUAAAAAUUAAUGCUCUAGGAAAAUAUUUGAGUAUGCCAGACCCAAACACGCAGACAUUGUUUGGCCUGGGUUUGGAAUGACCAUAUGGCCGUUAUUUUUCCCUAAUUAAGUUGGAGCUAACGGGGAAGCUCGGCCCGUUGACGGGCUCUGCGUUGUGGCGGAGCAGGGCACUCCAAGCACUGGAAGAUCCCAGCAGAUUCCCAUCACAGGGUGUGGGAACUUUGUCCAAGGGCUCCGUGGAGUGUGGCUUUGCUGGCCGAUGCCUUCUGGACCUCUUUGCUUUGCCUCUGCUCCGUUUUACUAUUCCCAAGCUCCUCCCGUAAAGCCAAGCCGUGAUUUAGCGGCUGGCAUCGGCUCUCCCCCACCAUGGAGCACCCACGGGGUCCAGCAUCACCUCAAAUCAGGGGUUUUUCUUGAAUCCCUCUGCUUCUGGCAGAGAGGGAGGCAGGGCUCAGGCCCCACUUCUCCAAGCAUCCUUGUUUUGCUGCACCAGGAUCCACUGGGUGCUUUCCCUUGGCUUUGGUGGAGCAAACCAGAUAUCCCUGAUUAGCUAAUUACUUUUUUUUUUUUGGAAGCAGAAGUAAAUUCCAGACCACUCUGGUUGUUGUUCGGUCAGUUCACAUCCUGACUCUUGAGCUGCCUUGAGAGCCCAUCCUUGCAGGGAGGGGAGAACAGCCCUGACCUCUGUUUUCCAUGGAAAUCUGCCAUCUGCUCAGUUUUCUUUCCUUUCUGCACGUUUUCAGUCCAGAGCAUUCACUAUCUCAAACUCCUGCCUAUUUUUUUUUUUUUUUUUUAAAUCCAUAUCCCAAAAUGCCUCCUUUAUGUACAAAUAAAACGAAUUAAACCUUUUCCUGUGUGUGUUCCUGUCCCCAUGGCUGUGGCUUUUCCAAGGUGGCUUCCCAGCCCUGCACAGCACCAAACCUGCCGUUUUUGGUUUUUUCCUUCAGCUCAGUGACUCCCCCCACAUCCCCAGAG